AUGGACAAGACGAUGAGUGCAACUGCUGUCAUGUGUCUGGUGGCGUGCGGGAUGGUGUGGCUGGCAGCGGGUGACUCUGCGCCUCGGUACCUGUCGGCUGCGGGGAGGUCUGCUGAGCUGGGGCCUUUGUCGACAUCGGCCCAUUUGGCCGCUGUCUGGCAAGCUCGCUAUCCGGGGUCAAAGAUCACUGCCAUGCCAUACAUUGCAGCUCUUUACCGCUACGGUGGUACCAUCGGUGUUCUUGGCCGACUUGAUGCUGAUCUCAUCGGCAACUUUCCGGCCAACGCCUCAUCGCCAACCCCAGCCUGGCUCGCAACUACCGAUCUCUUCCCCACCGUCACAGCUGGCGGAGACAACGACAUUGGCUAUGUUUUUACGAACUCGUCUGCCAUGGGAUGCAAGCUCGAGAGCUAUACCCUGCCGGGCAAGGACGGAACUCCGGCGUGGUUGUACUCGUGCCCCUCGGGCCACACCGGGGUAAUGGCUUCAUCCGGCAACGGCGAGCUCGCGGUCGUCGUCCAUCUUGACGAGUCGGAUGCAUCAUCGCCGAUCACCUUUGAUGCCUUUACGCCCAACGGCGGCGGCAAGCCUUUCCUCAACGUCGACAUCUCGCAGACUGCGCCCAAGCUGGGAACCCCGCUGCAGCACCUCAUUUCAUUCCAGGCCUCAGGCCCUGGCGUCUUUGUCUCGGACGGCUUCUCCUACGCUAUUGUCUCCUCGUUUACAGGCAAGGUCCUCCGUCAUGGCAACCCUGGCGCCGGCAAGCCCAUUGCCGCCUCGUGUGGUGGCGGCAAGUACCUUGUCCUCGGCUACCCGCAGAAUCAGGAGCUCCUCGUCUGGGCCGACCACAAGUACUCGAGCAUUGCCUCGCUGCCGCAGCUCUCGGCGGCCGUCGCGAGCAAGGUCCAGCUCCCGUCGCAGGGCGAGGCUCCAGUCCAGGUCUCGCCCACCGGCGCCGCCAUUGUCGUCGCCGCCCCCAUCGCCAACGCCGUCUACAUCCUCCCGCCCCCCUACACAGCCGCCUCGAUGCUCACCGCACAUGUCUCCUCUCCUGACGGCACCAAGAUCGGCGCCUUUGAGCCGCCUGCUCCCAACGGCGUCGCCGCUUACAUCUUUGCGCCCGGCUACGACUACAACUCGUCCGACUACACUAUCGACUACUUUCAACUUCUUUCCUAA